CCGAGAGUACCACGAUGCUUUCCCAUCGUCGUUCUCGUACGCUGGCAUCCCACCGAUGCGUGACGUCGAGCACUCCAUUGAGCUUGUGCGUGACUAUCGUGUUCACCACCAGGCACCCUACAGACUCUCGAUCCCCGAGGGCACCGAACUCAAGCGUCAUCUUGAGGAGCUCCUGAGAUUGGGUUUCAUUAAGCCCAGCAACUCCCCGUGGGGUGCACCCGUCCUCUUUGCUCGCAAAGCGGAUGAAUAUUUUCGUCUCUGCAUCGACUACCGCGGUCUCAACCGCUACACGGUUAAGAACUGUUACCCCAUGCCUCAUUCCGAUGAGCUGUUCGACUGCCUAGCAGGCAACCGCUUCUUUACGAAGAUUGAUCUUCGUAGUGGUUGCUAUCAGAUCCGCGCCGCUGCAGCCGACCAGCCGAAGACCGCGUUCCGAUCGCGCUUCGGCCACUACGAGUUUAUGGUGAUGCCAUUCGGUCUCACCAACGCACCCGCUACCUUUCAAAAAGCGAUGAACGACAUCUUCAGGGUCAUCCUGGAGCAUUACAUUCUCGUCUACCUCGACGGUAUUCUGGUCUACAGUCGUACCUUUGCGGAACACCUCAGACACCUCCGCGACGUCCUUGACCGCUUGCGCAGACAUGGCUUCUACGCCAAGCUGAGCAAGUGCUGCUUUGCCCAGCACAAAGUGGAUUUCUUACGACACUGCGUGUCAGACCAUGGUCUCCACAUGGACGACGCGAAGAUCACUGCUAUUGCGGAGUGGGCCGCUCCCACAUUCACCAAGCAGCUUCGCAGCUUCCUAGGCGUGACCAACUACUAUAGUAAUUUCAUCCGGGGAUACGCUAGCUUCAUGGACUUCGUCACGAUCAGCUCUGCCUACUUCAGACGUCAUCACUCCCUUACCACUUUACCCUGUACAGUACCCUGCUUGUGUCGCAUGAUGGUCUCCCUUUAGCCGGGUUCCUCUGAGUUGGGCUCUCCCUUGGUUUGCAACAAUUGUUGUGACGACUGCAUCAGCAGUCCCCCUAAUCCCCCCCCCUCCCUUCCCCUUUUUGUGUGAUUUUGUUUUCCUCUGCAAUUGGUGUAGUCCCAACCACCUCUUUUUUUUUUUUUUUUUUUAACUACAUGAAUGAAGACUUCCUCAAUGGUUCCCAUUGUUGAGCAAGGGGUGUGCCAAAUUUUACUGAACAUGUCAGUCUCACAGAUUCAUCGAAAUCGAGUUUAUAGGAAUCUCGGAUGACUGAGCUUCCGAACAUCCGAUCCAAACGUCCAACCCAGCAAUCCGGUGAUUGAAUAACUGAUAACUUAAAAAAUAUUAGAUAUUAAAAAAUAUUUAACAAAAUAAAAUACACAAU